AUUCGAAUUCCCUUUGACCCUCUUAGGAUACGCAUCUUCGAUUUCGAGCCCAAAGUUCAGUGUAAAAUCUUCAAUAUAGUCUUCAGUUCUGCCUUCGCUGAUCUAAAGUUGGAUCACGGAGGUUGUGUAUAGUAACUCUAAGCUAUUUCCCUGGAAAAGGAAGGGGAAAACCGAUUAUUUGGGCCAAGUUGUGCAAGACUGUUACGAAACGCAAGGGGUCAGGCGGCCAUAUUUGUGACCCGACGUGACUUUAGUUACCGAUUCAUGACUUUGCGUAACGUGAAAUUUGGGUUAUGAUGCUAGCGUGAGGCAGAGAAGAUGGCGCACAGGUACCUCGCUGCCGCUAGAUCGUGUGAGAGGGCCGUCAGAGGGCUUGUUCAUCUCCAAAAUACAUGUAGGACGCAGAUCCCUGCCCAUACUCAUACUCUCAGCACGUCAGCUGAACAGACACAACACAUUAACAGACUUCUCCAGAAGUGGAGCAGAUUAUUAUGUCAACCACCAAAAGGAUUUGAGAAGUUCUUCCCAGGUGGGAAGAAGAAGGAAGCCCCAGAGACCAAGAACACCCCCCCACCGCCUCCCCCUCCGAGCCGGACCACAGGCGGACCACAGAAGCAGAGUGAGGGCCAGGAUGACUGGUUCUCCCAGUUCUCCAAGGCUACAGGGGGUGGGGGAGGGGGGAAAGGAUCUGGGGGAAAGCAACAGGGCAAGUGGCCGUGGGAUGAGCAGCAGACACUACUGUUACUAGGAGCGGUUGGCGGGGCAGCUGGCCUGUACUAUAUGAUCUACGGGGCUGCUGGACCAGAGAUCAACUGGAAAGACUUUGUCAACAACUACCUGGCACCAGGGAUUGUUGACAGAGUGGAGGUAGUUAACAAAAGAUGGGUGAGGGUGAGGCUAAAGCCAGGACACCAGACAAAUGGGAAAUACGUGUGGUUCAACAUUGGGUCUGUGGACACAUUUGAGAGGAACUUGGAGAAUGCCCAACUGGAGAUGGGCAUAGAACCGUCCAACCACCUGUCUGUGGUCUACACAUCAGAGAGUGAUGGGUCGUUCAUCCUGGGUAUGAUCCCCACCCUGCUGAUCAUCGGCUUCCUGCUGUACAUGUUGAGACGAGGACCAAUGGGAGCAGGCGGGGGAGGGGUGAGCAGGGGGGGACGGGGAGGGGGGAUCUUCGGCUUCGGGGAGAGCACAGCCAAACUGGUCGCACAGCAGGACAUCAACGUCAACUUUGCUGAUGUUGCAGGCUGUGAGGAAGCUAAGCUGGAAAUCAUGGAGUUUGUCAACUUCCUGAAGAAUCCUCAGCAGUACAUUGACCUGGGUGCAAAGAUUCCAAAGGGGGCGAUUCUCUCUGGGCCUCCCGGCACAGGGAAGACACUUCUAGCCAAGGCCACAGCAGGGGAGGCCAACGUUCCCUUCAUCACGGUCAACGGUUCUGAGUUCCUGGAAAUGUUUGUUGGAGUUGGACCUGCCAGGGUGCGAGACAUGUUCUCCAUGGCCAGGAAGCACGCCCCCUGUAUCCUGUUCAUAGAUGAGAUCGAUGCUGUGGGCAGGAAGAGAGGCAGGAGUAACUUUGGUGGGCAGAGUGAGCAGGAGAACACUCUCAACCAGCUGCUGGUGGAAAUGGACGGUUUUACGACACAGAUGAAUGUAGUUGUCCUGGCAGGUACAAACAGACAAGACGUGCUGGACCCCGCCCUCAUGAGACCUGGACGCUUUGACAGACAGAUCUACAUCGGACCUCCGGACAUCAAGGGGAGAGCGUCUAUCUUUAAGGUCCACUUGAAGCCACUGAAGACAGAUGUAGACAAAGAUGCCUUGUCCAAGAAAUUGUCAGCCCUCACUCCUGGUUUUACAGGUGCGGAUGUGGCUAAUGUGUGUAACGAGGCAGCCCUGAUCGCAGCUCGUUAUGGCAAGCCGUCCAUCGAGAUGACACAUUUUGAACAGGCGAUAGAGAGGGUAGUUGCAGGUCUGGAGAAGAAGACCCAGGUGUUGGCCCCUGAGGAGAAGAAGACUGUGGCGUACCACGAGGCCGGCCAUGCCGUCGCCGGCUGGUACCUGGAACAUGCAGACCCUCUGCUCAAGGUGUCCAUCAUCCCCAGAGGGAAAGGUCUAGGCUAUGCACAAUAUCUCCCCAAGGAACAGUACCUCUACACCAAGGAACAGCUGUUGGACAGGAUGUGUAUGGCUCUGGGUGGGCGAGUGUCGGAGCAGAUCUUCUUCAACAGGAUCACCACAGGAGCUCAGGACGACCUCAAAAAAGUCACACAGAGUGCCUACGCACAGAUUGUACAGUUUGGCAUGAAUGAGAAGGUGGGGAACCUGUCGUUUGACCUGCCCCGACAAGGCGAGAUGGUGAUGGACAAGCCGUACAGCGAGGAGACAGCGCGCCUGAUCGACCAGGAGGUGCGCGGGCUGGUGGACAUGGCGUACAAGAGGACCGUCAACCUUCUGGUGGAGAAGAAGGCGGAUGUGGAAAAGGUUGCCCUGAGGCUGUUAGAGAAGGAGGUGUUAGACAAAGCAGACAUGGUGGACCUCCUGGGGAAACGGCCGUACGCAGAGAAGUCCACAUACGAAGAGUUUGUGGAAGGAACGGGAAGCAUGGAGGAGGACACGUCCCUUCCCGAGGGUCUUAAGGACUGGAACAAGGAGAAGGAGGGAGGGAAGGAGAGAGAACCUGCUGUAGCAACGUUUAGGGACGGGGGGUUAUGAUCAGUCUGAUUGUCCUAAAAGGUGUGAAAACUGUAUGUGAGCCAUUGUAAGGCCACACCAAUUUAAUUUGUUGGUUCUCGGAUUUUUCAGAAAAAAUAUGAAGCGACAGAGC